CGUCGCAUCACAUCCCCAUUCCAUCCGCCCACCCGACGGAUUCCCCGAAGUCUACGACCCAUCAGCACACACCAUACCUCUCGCUUUCUUCGUCCAUCCACUUCUACACCCAUCUACAUACGUGAGACAGCUUCGAGAACACAGGCAAGAUGGCUUCAGGAUACGACAGAGCUCUCUCAGUCUUUAGUCCUGAUGGACACGUCUUCCAGGUGGAGUACGCAGGCGAAGCUGUCAAGAGAGGUACAUGUGCGGUCGGAGUCAAGGGCAAGGAUAUCGUGGUUUUGGGAUGCGAGAAGCGCUCAGCAAUGAAACUACAAGACACACGAAUCACACCAUCUAAGAUCGGCCUCAUCGACACCCAUGUCUGUCUCGCCUUCGCCGGUCUGAACGCCGACGCCAGAAUCCUCGUCGACAAGGCGCGGCUAGAGGCACAAUCCCACCGCCUGAACCUGGAGGACCCCGUCACCAUCGAGUACAUCACAAAGCACGUGGCCGGAGUUCAGCAGCGAUACACUCAGCGCGGUGGUGUCCGGCCCUUCGGCAUUAGCACCCUGGUUGUUGGGUUCGACCACGGCAGCAAGGUGCCGCGGCUCUACCAGACCGAGCCUUCUGGCAUCUACUCGGCAUGGAAGGCCAACGCCAUCGGACGGUCGAGCAAGACGGUGCGCGAGUUCCUGGAGCGAAACUACAAGGAGGAUAUGGACCGCGAGCAGACGAUACGUCUGGCAAUCAAGUCACUGCUGGAGGUUGUGCAGACGGGUGCCAAGAACAUCGAGAUAGCCAUCAUGGCACCAGGCAAGACGAUGGAGAUGCUGCCCGUCGAGGAUAUUGAGAGCUACGUCAAGAACAUUGAGCAGGAGAAGCAGGAGGAGGCUGCGAAGAAGAAGGGCGGCCGGUCGACCGGUGCAGGAAGCUCUUCGGUACCAUCCAGGGCCGCCGGUACCGAGACUGCCGAUGACCAAUAGACCGGGCGGGUAAAGCAACGAAAUAAGACAGCCAACCCGAUACGCGCUGCAUGAUAGAGAGGGACCAUUGUACAGUAUGACUUCAUGACCGGGCGCGUCUACGGUGCCUCGUAAUGAUAUUUUCCUUGACGCCAAUG